AUGGAACCCGUAACCUGCGGCGACGCCGCCGAAGACGACCAUCUCUACGGCCAGCCGCCGCCGCCCACCACCGCCCGCCAUGCCCGCGACCCCUCGCUCACCCCGGAGACCCUGCGCCCCGCGGACCAGCCUUUGCACCACCGCGCGACCCCCCCUUCGCCGCCGCUGUCGACCGCCGCCCGCUCCUCGGCCAGCUACACGGCCACCACUGCCCGCAGCUUCGCCUCGACCGCCCUCUCCACCCUGGCCACCUCGUCGCACGCCUCCAACAUGAGCAAUGGCGAUGCCAAGGAUGCCGCCGCCCUGCGCGCCCGCCACCAACAGCACCAGCGCCCCCAGCUCACCCUGCUCAACCUCGUCUCCGACACGGCCACCUCGUCGGCCUUGCCCCAGCCCUUCGGCUUCUCCAUCUCGCGCAAGGGCCGCAUGAUCGCCGUCUACAGCACCAAGAACAUCUGGCUCAUCCAGGCCGACAAGCUGCCGCGCACCUUCAUGCGCACCCUGGAGAUCCGUCGGAAGCCCGUCGCCGUCGAGAUCCUGGACGACGGCAGCCUGCUCGCCGUGCUGUCCAACCCCCACAAGGUCGACCUGUACAGGCUGCAGGACGGAGACAACACGGGCCUGGAGCGGGCCAAGAGCAUCAUCCUGACCGUCGACGCAAACACAAUUGCCCUGUCUCCCGACGGCAUGGUCCUGGCCACCGGUUACCAAUACGGAAUCGAGCUCGUUUCAUUGGCCGAGAAGGCCUCCGAGCACGACAGGCGCUCUGUCAACUGCGAUCCCAUGGACCACCUCGCCUUUUCCGACGACGGCCGCACCUUGCUUGCAACCACUUCUGCAAAGCUCCCGCGCUCAACCACCCUCUUCACCGUCCAUGGCGCUUUCGACGGGCCCUUCACCGAGGAUGGCGAGCUCAUUCCGCAGGAGUGUCACGUCGCGUGGACCAGGCAGAUCCUCUUUCCCGAAAAGGCUGUAACUGCAAAGCAGGCAUUGUUGCUUCCCGACACCAUUACCGGCCAGGUCAACGAGCUGUUCGCUUUUGAUGCUGAAGAAGAUUCUUGGGGCAUCUAUGAUCUUGCUGGCGUGCAAUUCGUUGAGACAAAGGAACCCCCUCCCGAGGUCGGCCGGUUCAUGAGAGCCGAAUCCCUGGAAGACGCUCUGCCAACCGUCUCUCCUUCUGCCGAUCAUGUCGCCGUUGCCGUCAAACAGCAGGAAUCGAAUUCCAUAUGGCUGUACAGGUUACCAGAUGCUUAUGAGUCCAACGCUGCCGUGUACAAAGACUUGAGGCAACAUUCCGAGCAUCACACCCCCGUUGCCCCAUGCGCCUAUGUCUCCCUUCAGAGGCCUGAGGACACUUCUGCUCAGGAUAUUUCUGCCAUGCGCUGGCUGACGCCUGAUUCGCAUGCCCCUGGUGACCCUGAAAGGUUGCUUGCUGUUGGUAACGUCGUGUGGAACACAACCCCCGACACGCCGCUCAUGCCUGGCGAGACAGCAAAGACCACUGGCAUGUUGAUCAUGAUGGACUUUGAUUUUUCUCGGAGCUGCGACCCCUGUGGCCAACCAGAUAACACCCAGGAGAUAGAGAUUGACCUCGACGAGGCUCUUCCUGGUGAAAAAUUGCCCGAGGAUGAUAUCGACUUCGAACGGGAAGUCGAAUUGGUUCGGACUCGAACCGUGGCGCAAAGGAGAGGCGAGGCUGCCAGAGCUGCGGCGAGAAACAACCUGCUCCGUUCGUCGACUACGACUAGUCCAGUGUCAGCCUCUCGUAAUCGUGUUCCCAGCCCAUUGGGUGCUUCAGCGCGACGCGAACAAACCUCUCCCGCUUUUGAAGAGCCGUACUCUCAUGGUCAGCCCAGAUCUCAGAUGUCGUUGAAUAGAGCUGCAACUGUUGCUGCUGCUGCUCCAGCGAACCGAAGACACCUCCGUGCAUUACCGAACCAGCCUUUGGAGUAUAGGCGUGCCGACGGUCUUCGUGAAAUUCCACAUGAGAGCGAUGCGGAUAACUGGGUUCCUCCACCGCCACCUUAUACUGAAAAUGCAGAUCCUCCGGGCCCAGACGCGAUGAGCAUAAGUUUGAGUCAUCCCAUGGGUGUUUCUCUCCCUACCAUCCCCCAGUCUCCGCCGGCGCAGCACACAUCUCUUCCUCGUCUUCGAAUCCCUGCUAUCGCGCAAGCCGUGGUGUCCGAUACAUCAAAUCACUCUGCUCCACCGGAGUGGCAAGAUGCUGAUUCUUCAUCGACUUUUGACCUUUCCUUUCACAAUCCGCAUUCGGCCCAUCCACUUCAGCAAUCAAGCGGUACAUCUCACUACUCGUAUCCUUCAGGCCAGUCAGCUCGGCCGUUUCUGGCCCGCACUCAAACAAGCCCGACGAGGCCGUCAACCUCCCCGCCGCCAACGCAACCCAACUUUUCUUUCCAACAUAUUCCGGCAUCCGCACAUCCCUCAUAUCAACCAGCGCAACGUUUUCCUCCCGCACAACCAGGGCCGUCCGCUUACCGAACAACCGCAAACUACUCCCAACCGCAGCCGCAACACCCCCAUAAUGCUACAGAACCUCCUUCUCCGACUACAUCUCAACUUGAGGCUGUCCGCCGUCGCGACAGCGUGCCAACACCAGGGCCUCCUCUUGCAUCCUGGGGCUCCAUCGGAGUCAAUCAGCGGGCAGCGCAAAGCGCAGACGAUCUCGGGCAAACCCGCAGGAAUCGGCCUGGACGCCGCGGCCGCUCCAAUUUAUCACGACUGGCAACGAUCCGCAGCACGAAUUCGAGCAACUCGGGGGCGCGCCGUGCUAACAGCACACCGAACCUAGCCGAGAUCAAUGCUCGUGAAAGGGAGAAAGACAGGAGCGAUUUCGAUCGCGUAAAGGAAGGGAUGCGCAAGCUGAGGUGCAUCGUCAUGUGA